ACGUUGGUCUAUUGAGUAAACCUCAAUUUCUUUAAUCAUCAUAAUGAGUAUACACCCCCUUUUUUUUUUUUUCUUUCUUUCUUUUUCUAAUACCUUUCAUCUUUCUUGUUUAUUUAUUACUCCUCCCUUUCUUUUCUCUUUAUAUAUUUAUAUUGUUUUCUCUUCUAAUUUUGUUUAUAUAAAAUAUAUUUCAAGCUUUAUAACUAUCACUAAAUCAUAAAUUUAUAUCGUGGGAAUUAUAAUCCACUACAAUGAUUUAUUUCAGAAACAAAUAUUGAUAUCGUG